GUAACAGAAUGUUGUUUGUUUCGUUUCUGCCACUCAGGCUCAGACUAGUAGAAGAUUUUCGGCAUGGAAAUUGAAAGCCAAAUAAUUGAGGAAUUUCGUAAGGUUUUGCAAGCAUCAGCUGUUGAUGACCGACAAUUCACGGAUAGGGAAUUAGAGAAAUUCAUCAUAGCGAGAAAUUCUGAUCUGGAAAAAGCUAAAGAUCAAAUUUUGGGUUAUUUCGCUUUUCAGGAAACAUGGAAUACUCGUGACAUUCUUCAAUGGGAUGUACCACCAGUUUUAAGAAAAUUUUGUCCGGGUGGAUAUAGCGGAUGGGCAAGAAGUGGUCAUCCAGUGUGGAUUGAUAUCCCAGGAAAAAUCGAUAUUAAGGGACUAACUAUGAGCGCUAAAAAAUCAGAUUUUGUAAGGUACCAGAUUUAUAAAGUAGAAGAACUUUUGGCAGAUAUGAGAAGUCGAAAUUCUCCUGAUCAAGUUAUAAUGAUACAUGAUUUAUCUGGUUAUUCUCUAAAAUUGCUGUUUACUCCUGGAAUGGAUAUUCUAAUAAAAGUCUUAGUACUGUUGGAAGAUAACUAUCCUGAAACUUUGUUUAAGUGUUAUGUGGUAAAUGCACCAAGGAUCUUUCCAAUAAUCUACGAAAUAGUUAAACCUUUCCUAUCUAAACGAACAUCAGGAAAAGUCAAAAUAUUGGGGAAUAAUUAUAAAGAGGAACUAGUAGCGGAACUAGGACCAGAUUGCCUUCCUGAAAGUUAUGGCGGAAAUCUAUCAGGACCAGAUGGUGAUCCUGAGUAUAGUUUAAAAGUUUGUCAAGGGGGAACUGUACCUCCUGAAUUCUUCGCAGAUGAUCUGGGCUACGACCUAUCAGAGUUCACUGAAGCUAAGAUUUCGCCUGGUAAAAGCGUAGACGAAACGAUCAAGGUUGAAAAACCCUUUUCCAUUUUAAGCUGGGCAUUUCAAACGAAGAGCAAAGAUAUCCAGUACGGACUCUUCUUUAGACCUCUAGAAGAGGCAAAUAGUCAAGAACAAACGAUAAUUCCCCUAAUGAGAGUCAAUUCACAUUUGGUACCAGAAGACGGCAUUCAUACCUGUAAAGCAGCUGGAUAUUAUUCACUACGUUUCGAUAAUUCAUAUAGUUGGUUUAAUAGUAAGAAAAUUCACUACAGCUUCAAAUUAUCCGAGUCAUCAGACGACGUUGAUUAUAAUGAAGCUCAAGAAAUAACUGAGAAUACCGACCUGUAAAAAAACAAACACCAACUUAAUUAUUUCUUUUAUUAAUAAUUCUAAUAUACAUAUUUUCUAUUUGAAUAUAUAUUCAACAAUUAUUAUAGCUCUAUUAAAAUAUAAAGUUAUUAUCCAA